GUCGACGACAUCAGCCAAAUUCCUCUCCACCACCCAGCGACACCGAAUCGACUCCGACACAAUGGGCUCCAGCAGACUCACCUUCCGCCGCCGGGUGUCGUACAACACCAAGAGCAACAAAGUCCGCAUCAUCAAGACGCCAGGUGGUGAGCUCCGAUACUUGCACAUCAAGAAGAAGGGAACUGCGCCCAAAUGUGGUGACUGCGGAUCCAAGCUUGCAGGUAUCCCAGCACUCCGCCCACGCGAAUACUCCCAGAUCUCGCACCCAAAGAAGACUGUUCAGCGCGCAUACGGCGGGUCGCGCUGCGCCAACUGUGUCAAGGACCGCGUCGUCCGCGCAUUCUUGAUCGAGGAGCAGAAGAUUGUCAAGAAGGUCAUGAAGGAGGCCGAGAAGAAGCAGACUGCCCGCCGAUAGAUGGACUCUUCUUGUUUGGGGGAAUUUCACGGCGCAUGAUGGAUGGCAGGUGGCAGGAAUGAGCGACCGCGAUACAUCACAAGCAUGGCCUGGCGCAUCCUCAGGAAGCUAGGCUGUCGUGUCGAACAGGAUGGGAGCACAUGAAUGAAAGAGCUGCCAGUUGAUACUUGACGCUGAUGCUGCGGUAACGUGAGCUACUGAAUGAAAUCCGUUCGGGCAAUGAAGAAAUGUUUAUUCGCC